GGGUGGAUCCAUUAUGGCGUCUAUGCAGAAGAGGCUACAGAAAGAGCUGUUGGCUUUACAAAAUGACCCACCUCCAGGAAUGACCUUGAAUGAGAAGAGUGUACAAAAUUCAAUUACACAGUGGAUUGUAGACAUGGAAGGUGCUUCUGGAACAUUAUAUGAAGGGGAGAAAUUUCAGCUGCUGUUUAAGUUCAGCAGUCGAUACCCAUUUGACUCUCCUCAGGUCAUGUUUACUGGUGAAAAUAUUCCCGUUCAUCCUCAUGUUUAUAGCAACGGUCAUAUCUGUUUAUCUAUUCUAACAGAAGACUGGUCUCCAGCUCUUUCAGUACAAUCAGUUUGUCUUAGCAUUAUUAGCAUGCUUUCAAGCUGCAAAGAAAAGAGACGACCACCAGAUAAUUCGUUUUAUGUAAGAACAUGUAACAAGAAUCCAAAGAAAACUAAAUGGUGGUAUCAUGAUGACACUUGUUGAUGCCACCAUUUUGAGAUUCGCCUAACAGAAGAUAGUCCUACUGAGAAAAUGAGCACUUUGAUCAUUCAGUCUUUGAACUUUAACCUCUGACUGGAAGUGAGAAUAGACAAUGAAGACUACUUCCUUUGACUGCAUUUUUACUAGUGUGCAUUCUGGGCGCAUGUUGAUCGCUGGUUCAAUCCAUGCUGCUGACAUGCUUUUCUUAGUCGUACAGUAUUAAUGCAGGUGUUGGGAAAUAUCAGAAUUCCAUUUUUUAAAAUAAACUUUUGGAAGAAUUUGACGUCUUCAUGUAUUGUGCAAUAAUAUGAUUCUUGACGGUUUUGGUAUAUCCAUUGCCGGCAAAAGAUUGUAUCAGGAAACUUAUACCCCUGCCACGAGAAAAGGUAGAUGCAUGAUAGGGCCUAUGAAAAGAUUUAAGUAUAUUGGGAUUAUAAGUAAUUUAUCAUUUUGAAAGCCACCUAAUUGUUUAGAUUUGGAUUCUAUGCACUGUGAUCAUAAGACUAGCAGCAUGAAUUAAACAUGCUUCGCUAAAGGACUAAUAAGAUCAUUGCAUAUUUAUUGAACUGUCAAUAUUUUGACAUGGAAGACUUUCAAGUUAUAUCAGCAGAGAGGUACGUAUAAUGUUAUCCCUGUGGUGAAAUAGAUACCUUUUGUGUAUAUUAUAUUUCUGAAGCAAAGGUAUGACUAAAAUAAGGUAGGAAUGAUUUAAUCAAGGCAAACUUUGUUCUGGAAAUGGGAACA